AUGGAUGGACUUUUGAUCAACACCGAAGAUAUCUACACGCUGGUUACAAAUGAAAUUUUGACUGAAUAUGGGAAAGGGCCUCUUACAUGGGACUUGAAGGUUCAGCUCCAAGGCUUGCCUGGACCUGAGGCAUGCCGUAAGGUUUUGGAUCAUUUCCAAUUACCCGUGACACCCCAGGAGUUCGACCGGAAAAACAUUGAACUUCAGUGCAAAAUGUGGCCCAAGUGUUCUUUCUUGCCAGGUGCUUUGGACUUGAUUAGGUAUCUGCACUCUAAAAACAUCCCGAUUGCGUUGUGCACUUCUUCUGCGAAACAUAAAUUUGAAGGUAAAACCAGCCAUUUAAAGCAUGGAUUUGAGCUGUUCGACGCAAUUGUAACCGGAGAUGACCCAAGAAUUCCACCUGGGAGAGGUAAACCUUUCCCAGAUAUAUGGUUAGUGGGGCUAAAAGAGCUGAAUAACAAAUUCAAGGCAAACAUUCAGCCCGAGGAAUGCCUUAUUUUCGAAGAUGGUGUCCCCGGUGUGACAGCGGCAAAAGCCGCAGGGGGCUACGUUGUGUGGAUACCGCACCCAGACGCAUAUGAUGUUUUAGGUGAUACUGAUGCUAUUUUGGAUGGCAAGGGUGAACUUAUCAGCUCCUUGGUUCACCUUGACAAGGCGAAAUUUGGGCUUUAA